GCGACCGAGGGGAUCCCUGUGCCCCUGUGCAGGAGUCCAGACUCUGGGUCUGGGCUGAACAGCGCAAAGUUCCCGUGUUUGGACAGGCUCAGGGGCUGCCCCCGGGGAGCGCGGGGCUGGGCGCGGGGGCGAGCGGGCAACGGACAAACGGACACGGGGACAAACGGCCCCGGAGCUUCAGUUGCAGCGGCAGCAGCGGCAGCAGCAGCAGAGCAGCGAAAGCAGCAACUUUGUGGAGUCCCUCUGGCUCCUCCUCUCCCUCUCCCGCUGUCCCGCAGCCUCUCCCGCUCUCCCGUUCCCCCUGUCCCCUCCUCUCCCGGUCUCUCUCUCCCCAUGCCCGGCCGGGCCAUGCCCCCGGCCCGCCCCCGGCCCCGGGCGGGGCUGUCCCGUCCCCGUCCCCGGCCGUCCCGCCGCCGUCUCGCCCCCGCCCGGCUCUGGCCGUGCUGGCGCUGGCGCUGCUGGGCGGGCAUCAGUGCCUGGGGCUGGGGCGGCAUCGCCUCCCUUUGGCUCCGCCUGGCCCGAGCCCGGCCCCGGCCCCGGCCCCGGCCCCGGCCCCGGCGCCGGCUCCUCCCGGGCCCCGCGGAGGACACAGGAGGCGCGGCCGCUGCCGCCGCCUCCGCUGCGGCUUCCCCGGCCCGAGCUCCGCCGCUCGGCAGCGCGGCUGCUGGCCCCGAGCCGCCGCUGUCCCGUUGCCAGGAGCGAACGCCUGGGGAUGGCCGGCCCGGGGCGCUUGAGGGGCGCUCGGGGGCCGCUCCUGGCCCCGGGCCGAGCGCUGACAGCCGCGUCCCGCCGGCAAGGAAGGCGCAGCAGGGCCUGAAGGAGCAGUACCGGCUGGGUUCCCUGCUGGGCCGCGGCGGCUUCGGCAGCGUCUUCGCGGCCACGCGGCUCUCGGACGGCGCCCCGGUGGCCAUCAAAAGGGUGCCACAGAACCGCGUCCUGCACUGGGGCGAGCUGCCCGACGGCACCAGCGCACCCCUGGAGGUCGUGCUGCUGGCCAAGGUGUCCACUGGCUUCCCCGGUGUCGUCCAGCUGCUGGAGUGGCUUGAGCUCCCCAACGACAUCUUGAUGGUGCUGGAGCGCCCAAAGCGGUCUCAGGACCUGCGCCAUUUCAUUCGGGCACGGGGGUUCCUGUCCGAGGAGGUGGCGCGGGAGCUGUUCCGCCAGGUGCUGGAGGCCGUGCGGCACUGCACCAGCUGCGGGGUCCUCCACAGGGACAUCAAACCAGGGAACAUCCUGGUUGACCUGGCCACCGGGGAGGCUAAAUUGAUCGACUUUGGCUGUGGCACCUACCUGCAAGACACAGCCUACACUCACUUUGCAGGAACACGGUCAUACAGCCCCCCGGAAUGGAUGCAUUUUGGCUGGUACUACGGCAAGCCAGCUACUGUCUGGUCCCUGGGCAUCGUGCUGCACCAGAUGGUCUGCGGGGAGCACCCUUUCAGGGGCUGCCAGAACAUCAGCUGGGACCAUCAGCUCUCGCUGCCACAACGGCUCUCUCCAGAGUGCCAAGAUCUGAUCAGGAGGUGUUUAUCCAUGCUGGACAUGGAAAGGCCUUCGUUAGAAGAGCUGUUGUGUGAUCCCUGGAUGCAGGAUGUUCAUCUGCCCUAGAAGAAGGGAGAGAGCCACAGGCACGCUUUGAUGCAAGGACCUG